GCCGGAUGGCGGGGCGCGCGGCUGCAGCUCCCGGGGGGCCCGGCCGCUCCGGGCUCUGCCUCCUGGUGGCCCUCGCCCUGGACGUCGUGAGAGUGGCCUGUGACCAGGACCCCCUGGACUCUCUCUACCUGCCAGCGUCCCUGGAGCUCCUGGAUGCCCCUGAGCACUUCCGGGUGCAGCAGGUGGGCCGCUACCCACCUGCCAACUCCUCCCUGGGCUCCCGGUCCGAGACCUUUCUGCUCCUGCAGCCUUGGCCCAGGGCCCAGCCGCUGCUCCGGGCUUCCUACCCGCCCUUUGCCACGCAACAGGUGGUCCCUCCUCGGGUCACGGAGCCCCACCAACGGCCCGUGCCCUGGGACGUGCGGGCCGUGUCAGUGGAAGCAGCGGUGACUCCGGUGGAGCCUCACGCCCGCGUCCUUUUUCACCUUAAAGGGCAGGACUGGCCGCCAGGGCCUGGCAGCCUGCCCUGUGCUCGGCUCCACGCCACACACCCCGCAGGCACCGCUCACCGCGCCUGCCGCUUCCAGACGUCGCUGGGGGCCUGCGUGGUAGAGCUGGAGAUCCCCCCGCACUGGUUUGCCCAGGGUCCCGCCACGCGCGCUGAGCUGGCCUACACGCUGGAGCCUGCCGCCGAGGGCCCGGGGGGCUGUGGCCCUGGUGAGGAGGACCCCUCGGAACAGGCCCUCCCGGUGGGCAGCGUGGAGCUCCGGCCGGCAGAGCCCCCACAGUACCAAGAGGUGCCCCUGGAUGAGGCGGUGACUCUGCGGGUGCCUGAUGCGCCCGUGCGGCCCAGCCAGCUCUUCACUGCCACCCUCCUGCUUCGGCACAACUUCACAGCCAGCCUCCUGACGCUGAGGAUCAAGGUGAAGAAGGGGCUGUACGUGACAGCUGCCCGCCUAGCCCAGCCUGCGCUCUGGACCGCCAAGCUGGACCGCUCCAAGGGCGCCAAGCACCACAGCACCCUCAUCACCUGCCACCGUGCCGGGCCCCCAGGACCAGACCCCAGCAGCCCCCUAGACCUGUCCGAGUUCCUGUGGGUGGACUUUUUGGUGGAGAAUGGCACUGGUGGGGGCAUGGCGGUCACUCGUCCUGUCACGUGGCAGUUGGAGUACCCCGGCCAGGCCCCCGAAGCUGAGAAGGACAAAAUGGUGUGGGAGAUCCUGGUGUCAGAGCGGGACAUAAGAGCCCUUGUCCCGCUAGCCAAGGCUGAAGAGCUGGUGAACACGGCGCCUCUGACUGGAGUGCCUCGGCGGAUCCCCGUGCGCCUUGUCACCGUGGACAGAGGGGGGACCCUGGUGGAGGUGACAGAGCACGUCGGCUGCGAGUCGGCCAACACACAGGUGCUGCAGGUGUCUGAGGCCUGCGAUGCUGUGUUUGUGGCUGGCAAGGAGAGCCGGGGCGCACGUGGCGUGCGGGUGGACUUCUGGUGGCGCCGGCUGCGAGCCUCGCUGCGGAUGACCGUCUGGGCCCCGCUGCUGCCCCUGAGGAUCGAGCUGACCGACACGACCCUCGAGCAGGUCCGAGGCUGGAGAGUGCCCGGCCCAGCUGAAGGGGCGGCGGAGUCAAUGGCUGCGGCUGCAGAGGAGGCUGAGAGGCGAGCCCGCGGCUGCCGCUUGCAGUACCAGCGUGCGGGUGUGCGCUUCCUCGUCCCCUUUGCGGCCCACCCGCUGGACGGCGGCCGCCGCCUCACCCACCUGCUUGGCCCUGACUGGCUGCUGGACGUGUCUCACCUUGUGGCACCCCAUGCCCGCGUGCAGGACCCGCGCGUGGCCUCGCUGGAGGGUGGUCGAGUUCUGGUGGGCCGGGAGCCCGGCGUCACCUCCAUCGAGGUGCGAUCUCCACUGUCUGACUCCAUCCUCGGGGAGCAGGCGCUGGCUGUGACGGAUGACAAGGUCUCGGUGCUGGAGCUACGGGUCCAGCCGGUGAUGGGCAUCUCACUGGCUCUGAGCCGCGGCACUGCCCACCCAGGGGAGGUCACAGCCACAUGCUGGGCACAGUCAGCCCUUCCUGCCCCCAAACAGGAGGUGGCCCUCUCCCUGUGGCUGUCCUUUUCUGACCACACCCUGGCCCCCGCUGAACUCUACGACCACCGCGACCUGGGACUGUCUGUCUCGGCCGAGGAGCCUGGUGCCAUCCUGCCAGCCGAGGAGCGGGGCGCCCAGCUCGGGGUGGUGGUGAGUGGGGCGGGCCCCGAGGGGCUGCCCCUGCACGUGGCUCUGCACCCGCCCGAGCCUUGCCGCCGGGGCCGCCACCGUGUGCCCCUGGCCUCUGGCACUGCCUGGCUGGGGCUGCCCCCGGUCCCCACCCCGCCUCCUGCCCUCCCAUCCAGCCCUGCUGGGAGCUCGCCAGCCACGGAGGCCAGCAAGGGUGGUGAACGGCAGGCAGCGGGCAGUUUGGGGGCCAGCGAGGGUGUGAGGGGCAAGUUCGAGCCGGCAGAGGAGAAGGCCGGGAAGGAGACCGAGGCCAGGGAAGAGGAGGAGGAGGAGGAGGAGAUGGUCCCUGCCCCUCAGCGGGUCACGGACCUGGAGCUCGGCAUGUAUGCCCUGCUGGGCAUCUUCUGCCUGGCCAUCCUCAUCUUCCUGGUCAAUGGCGUGGUCUUCGUGCUGCGCUACCAGCGCAAGGAGCCCCCCGACACUGCCACUAACCCUGCCUCCCCCCAGCCCCACAACUGGGUCUGGCUGGGCACUGACCAGGAGGAACUGAGCCGCCAGCUGGACCGCCAGUCCCCUGGCCCCCCCAAAGGGGAGGGGAGCUGUCCCUGUGAGAGUGGGGGAGGAGGGGAGCCCUUGGCCCUGGCUCCGGCCCCAGCCCCAGCCCCUGCUGAGGGGACCACCAGCUCCUCCAGCACCCUGGCUCGGAAGGAAGCAGGGGGACGGCGGAAGAGGGUGGAGUUCGUCACCUUUGCACCAGCGCCCCCAGCCGAGCUGCCAGAGGAGCCCGUGGGGGCCCCUGCCGUGCAGUCCAUCCUGGUGGCGGGCGAGGAGGACAUCCGCUGGGUGUGUGAGGACAUGGGGCUCAAGGACCCCGAGGAGCUGCGCAGCUACAUGGAGAGGAUCCGGGGCAGCUCCUGACCCGCCUGGCCUGUUGGGGCUGUGUCGCCGGCCACCAGCCCGGGCGGCCUCCUGCUGCUGGACCCAAGUCCCCUGCCUGGUCCCUCGCCAAGGACUCCUCCCAGCCCCUCUGCCCUGCCCCUUGUCAUGGACCAUGGUCACGAGGAGGGGCUCAUGCCCCUUAUUUAUGGGAACCAUUUCAUCCUGAUGUCGGGUACAGAAUAAACGGAGACGGAAACCAGCCGAGACCGCCGCCGUCUGG